UUUGAGCCCAUCUGAAUCUCCCAGCUCAAGAGCACCACACUUGCACACUUGAGUGAGCUGGAUAAUGAGUCUGGAAAGCCUGUCCUGUGCUUGGCCAGUCCCAGAAUCCACCCAGGCAUGAACCUGGAAAUAUCCCUCUGUGGUGGUCAGAGAUGCUGCUGUUGCCUGGCCCCAGAGACAGCGCUCCGCCGCCGUGCCUGUCGCCUUCGGGAUUCCUCCUGCCCCUCCUGUCCUCCCCAGCCCAGCCGCAGAGGGGCUGGAAGAGUGGGUGAAGUUGCUCCAACCCCCCCAUCCCCUUCUUCCUUCUCCUCCUCCUCUCUCCCAGGAAAGCUCCCCAGCAUCACCCAGAGACCUCGAGGAAGAUGCCAGGGCUGAUUAACUGGGUGACCCUCUCCCGGCUGCCCCUCAUUGCGUCCGAGGUGACAUCCUGUGUCAGUGGCUAUGCCUUUGGGAUGACAGCUCUGCUCACCUACCACAACCCAGAUCCCCAGGCUUUGGAAGGUCUCUUUGUGUACCCCUUGGAUGAGGGCACGACUGUCGUGGGCUUCGAGGCAGCCGUGUCCCGGCGCACUGUGACAGUGCAGAUCAAAGACAAAGCCAAGAUGGAUGGCACCUACUUCAACAGCUGCAGCCUCCCCCCUGGAAGAGCUGCUGAUGGAAGUGGAAGGAUUAUGAUGGAUGAGGACCUGGAGAGGAUUGCUUUUGUGGCCAACCUGGGCAUGAUUCCUCCCCUGGAAAGUGUCUCCAUCUUCAUCAGCACCUCCUCUGAGCUGCAGACAUUACCCAGCGGGGUGGUGAGGGUCCUUCUGCCAGCUGUGUGUGCUCCCAGGGUCCCCCAGCCCAGCCUGGAGAAUGCCAGCAGCUUCUCCAGCCACCAGCUCCAAACCAGGGACAAGCAGCCCUGUGGACUGGGGAGCCCAGAGCAAGGGAGCAGGUUCUGCCUGACUCAGCUGCUGGACAGUGAGGCCACCAACCCCUUUGAGUACGAAUUCAGCUUCCAGCUGGAGAUCCGAGGGCCGUGUUUGCUGGCAGGAGUUGAGAGCCCCACACACGAGAUCCGAGCAGACGCCGACCCCUCGGCCCGCUCUGCCAAGAGCAUUGUGAUCACGCUGGCCAACAAGCACACCUUCGACAGACCCGUGGAGAUCCUGAUCCACCCAAGUGAGCCCCACAUGCCCCACGUCUUAAUGGAAGAGGGUGACAUGACCCCUGCAGAGUACGAACGACACCUGAAGGGGAAGAACGAUUUUAUUAAAGGCACUAAGAAAGACCCCAGUGCCAAGAAAAAGAUGGAAAUCAUCAGGAAGCGGCUGAACAAGGACAUCCCCCACCACCCUGUCAUCAUGCUCAACUUCUGCCCUGACUUGAGGGCUGUGCAGCCAGGCCUCCGGAAAGCCCAGGGGGAGUUCAUCUUCCUGGUAGACCGCAGUAGGAGCAUGAGUGGUGUGAAUAUCAGCCAUGCCAAGGAUGCCCUGCUGGUCAUUCUCAAGAGCCUGAUGCCAGCGUGUCUCUUCAAUGUCAUUGGGUUUGGCUCCACCUUCAAGACCCUCUUUCCUGUCAGCCAGGCCUAUUGUGAGGAGAGCCUGCUUGUGGCCUGCCAGAGCAUCAGGAGGAUCCGAGCUGAUAUGGGCAGCAUCAACCUCUUAUCCCCCCUGAAGUGGGUCACCCGCCAGCCCCUCCACAGGGGCCACCCCCGGCUGCUCUUCCUGCUGACGGGCGGGGCCAUCAGCAACACUGGGAAGGUUCUGGAGCUGCUGCGGGACCACUCCUGCUCCACCAGGUGCUACAGCUUUGGCAUCGGGCCGAACGCCUGCAGGAGGCUGGUGCGGGGUCUGGCUGCCGUGUCCAGGGGCGUCUCCGAGUUCCUGGCGGAGGGCGAGAGGCUGCAGCCCAAGAUGAUCAGGUCAUUGAAGAAGGCGAUGGCGCCGGUCCUGAGUGAUGUGUCCGUGGAGUGGGCCUUUCCUGAGAGCACUGAGGUCUUGGUGUCCCCUGUCAGCAGCAGUUGCCUGUUCCCUGGUGACCACCUGGUCAGCUACGGUGUCAUCUGUGACACCUCCCUGUACCUCUCCAACCCCAGAUCUGACAAGAGGCGGCAGUACAGCAUGAUGCAUUCCCAGGAGUCGGGCAGCUCUGUUUUCUUUCACUCCCAGGAGGAGGGAGCAGGCUUGGAGAGCUGGAACUACUCCAGAGACUCGGAGGGGUCCUGCCCCGCCGAGCACUCCCCCGACCACCUGGGCGUGGGCAGAGAUCCUGGGGGAGAGUCGGACAUGGACACGGGAAUGGACGUGAAGGUUCUGUCCAGGAGACGGGCGUACAGCACCACCCAAAUCUCCGACCACGAGCCUCGCAGGAAGGUGCCCACAGCCAGUGAUCCUGGCACAGCCCUGGUGAAAAACCCCCUCCGGAAAACCCAGCUGCAGGACCUGCAGCAGGUCAGCCCCGAGCCCUGGCAGGUGGAUUUCCAGCCCCUCCCGGCCAUCCCACAUGGCUCUGCCGCCAGGAUCCGUGGCACAGGCGCCCGGCGCCCGGCCCUGCUCCAGCACAGCUGUGUGUCCUUCUGCCACGACGCCGCCGCCCUGGCACUGCCCGACGGGCUGCAGGAAGCCCCGGCAAGGGGCUUGGGGGCACUCGAUGCCAUCAGGAGCCUGUGCUCCUCAUCAGACAGCCGGAGCCCCGGGGAUCUGGAGUCUGCCCAGUAUCCAUCCCUCACCUUUGAGACAGAGACCUUCUCUGACUGGGAGCCCCAGGACCUGGAUAUCGGCACUGCCUGCAGCUCCCCGUGCUCCCCCAGGACCCUCUGCAAGGCAGUGGUCAAGGGGCUGAGGAACAAUGAGCCCGUGCAGUGGGAAGUCACGUUUGAUAUCCACCCUCUGUUGAGGGAGCGGGAGAGGCAGGAGGAUGGUGACACAGACCUGUGGAGUGAGACCUUCCACCACCUGGCAGCCAAGUCACUCAUCCAGGACUUCGAGCAGCUCGCCGAGAGGGAGUGUGAAAUCGAGCAUGGGUCUGGGCGACGGUUCCAGCUCAACGCUGUCCACACCAGCAAGGCCUGUAACAUCAUCAGCAAGUACACAGCCUUCGUGCCUGUGGACCUGAGCACCAGCUCCUACCUGCCCACCCUGGUCCAGUACACCCACACAGGUGCAACAUCCAAGCAAGACAACCAGAGGAAACAGAAGAGUUCAGGAAGCAGAAGACAUCGUGGCUGUUCCCCUGGGCGUCCUCAGUCAGCAUGUGGCCAGAACGGAGACUAUGGAUUUAACAGCAUGAAUGCUGAGGAGAGCAGCCCCUCACCCUCCAACACCCUGUCCUCAUCUGCCUGGGAGCACUGCCGUGUUCCUGAAGGGCCUCUCCACAGCCUGUCUGCUUCCUCUGCACAAGCCCAAAAAUCCAUCGAGAGGCUCUUUGCUGCCAGGCUGACCCUCAAUAAAACCAUGCUGCUGGUUCGAGCUGCCAAAGGCUUCAUGAGUAAAUCUCCAAGCAGAGGGAACAAAGCUGGCUCUGAGGGUGACAGUGAGAGCAUGGACUACCUUCCCCUGGUGUCCCUGCAGCUGGCCUGCGGUGCCUUCCUUCUGAAUUCAGCCUUCUGUAACGCCGUCAACAUCCCCAUGGAGAAGCUGAAGUGGACAUCACCCUUUGCCUGCCACCGCGUGUCCCUCAGCCCCUCCGGCUCCUACAGCGGCAAGAGGAGCAGCCCCGCCUCGGAGCGCAGAACCCCGAGCCGCAGCCAGCAGCUGCUGCUCCCCAGCGGGCAGAAGGGCCCGAGCGCUGGAGCCCUGGCUCGGGCAGCAGCGCCGGAGGACACCGGCCGCCUUCGGCACCUGUCGGGCAGCGCGGCCGAGAGCAUCUCCCGAGCCCUGAGAGCCGAGAAGGAGCUGUGCCCCCCGGCCAUCACCAUCCGCAGCUUCUCCUCCCCCGCCGACGGCGGCCGGGGCUGGGGCACCGCCGGCUCCGAGCUCCAGGCUCUGCUCUUUGACGUGGAGCUGCAGCAGCACACGGAGCCUGAGGGGAUGCUGUGGGCCACGGCUGUGGCCCUGGCCUGGCUGGAGCACAGCUCAGCUUCCUACUUCAUCGAGUGGGAGCUGGUGGCUGCCAAAGCCAGCCUGUGGCUGAGCGGGCAGGACUUCCCCGAGGGAUGCAGCCUGGCCACGGUGAGAGCUGCAGCCCAGCAGCUCUUUGUGCUGCUCCGUCACUGGGAUGAGAACCUGGAGUUCAACCUGCUGUGCUACAACCCAGGCAGUGUGUAAGAGGAGCAGGAGGGAGGCUUGGGCAGAUCAGUGAGGGCACAGGAACGGGGAUUUAUCCU